CGCUCUCGUUUCUGGUGACAUCGACGCAGAGGGAGGGAGGAUUGUGAGGAAAACCUAAAUACAAAUCUGCCCGCCUCACUAGUCUCUCAAAGCCUCACGGCGCGCCUGGCUGUUACGCUUCUCCUCUUCCCCAAAACUUUUCCUUUUUAUUUUAACCAAACUGCGAGUCAUUUUGUUUUGGAGCUGCGGGGGGAUGCUAUCUGGAAGGAGGUCACAAACCAGCAACUUGGUUGCAACCUGGAAAGCUUAAGAGUCAGGCUAAACUUGGGAAGUUGGUGAAUGGGGAGCAUUUGGAGGAACUUUUACGCAUCGAUCUGGGCGACGCCUCUACCUGCUUAAAGCGCGUCCUGCGUGUCUCAUCACAACCAAAACUUUCUUAUUCUGCUUCCAUGGCAAUUUUUUCCCCCUCGGACCCUUAUUGAUCGACAGAAGUUGUGGUGUUAAAAACAGUAUCCAUCGUUUGAGCGCUAUCAGUGCGCUAUAACCCAUCCCCACGGAUUUUUAAUUUUAAUUUUAUUGUUCUUAUUUUUUUGCAAACUUGUCCGGAACUUAUUCUGCUGGAUAUCAUGGCUUCAGUGGCACCGGAGAAGCGCGCAGCGCCGCGCCGGGUUUGGGCUCUGCUCCUCGCUCUGCUCCUGUGCGCAACGCCGGUGGAUGGAUGCCCACACAAGUGCAGCUGCUCCGGGUCGCAUGUGGACUGCCAGGGUCUGGGGCUCAAAACUGUGCCCAAAGGAGUACCGAGGAACGCAGAGCGCCUGGACCUGAACAGGAACAACAUCACCAGAAUUACCAAAGUGGACUUUGCCGGCUUCAAAAACCUCAGGAUUCUUCAUCUGGAGGACAACCAAAUCAGUGUAAUCGAAAGAGGAGCCUUCCAAGACCUCCGACUGCUGGAAAGACUUCGUCUGAACCGAAACAAGCUCCAGUUUCUACCAGAGCUUCUCUUCCAGUCCAACCCCAAACUAGGACGAGUGGACCUUAGUGAGAACCAGAUCCAGGCAGUUCCCAGGAAAGCUUUCAGAGGAAUCACUGGUGUGAAGAACCUGCAGCUGGACAGCAACCAUAUCAGCUGCAUCGAAGAUGGAGCUUUCCGAGCGCUGCGCGAUCUGGAGAUCCUCACCCUCAACAACAACAACAUCACCCUCAUUCCACUGUCCAGCUUCAACCAUAUGCCCAAGCUGCGGACCCUCCGCCUCCACUCCAACAACCUGCACUGUGACUGUCACCUGGCCUGGCUCUCUGAUUGGCUCAGAGCCAGACGAGGCUUGGCUCCCUUCACCCAGUGCAUGUCCCCUGCCCACAUGAGGGGCCUGAAUGUCCCAGAUGUGCAGAAGAAGGAUUUUGUCUGCAGUGGUCCGCCACAGACGGAACCACGCACCUGUGCUGCUCAGGUAUCCGUGUGUCCUCCCAGCUGCAGCUGCAACAACAACAUAGUGGACUGUCGUCGCAAAGGCCUCCUUGAAAUACCAGCCAACCUCCCAGAGGGCAUUGUGGAGAUACGCUUGGAGCAGAACCUGAUAAAAAGCAUCCCAGCAGGAGCUUUUUCUCCCUACAAGAAGCUCAAGAGAAUCGACUUGAGUAAGAACCAGAUUUCUGACAUCGCUGCAGAUGCUUUCAAUGGACUCCGCUCACUCACCUCACUGGUUCUGUAUGGAAAUAAGAUUACCGAGUUGCCCAAGGGGUUGUUUGAUGGACUGGUGUCCCUGCAGCUUCUAUUGCUGAAUGCCAACAAAAUAAACUGCUUGAGGGUCAACACCUUCCAGGACCUGCAAAACCUCAGCCUCCUGUCGUUGUAUGACAACAAGCUGCAAACCAUCAGCAAAGGACUCUUCACCCCCCUGCGCUCCAUCAAAACUCUUCAUCUGGCCCAGAAUCCCUUUAUGUGUGACUGCCACCUGAAGUGGCUGGCUGACUACCUGUUUGACAACCCUAUUGAGACCAGCGGUGCACGCUGCAGCCACCCCAGGAGGCUGGCUAACAAGAGAAUCAGCCAGGUCAAAGGAAAGAAGUUCAGGUGCACAGGUCAAGAGGACUACCGCAGCCGUCUGAGCGGCGAGUGCUUUCAGGAUCUGGUUUGUCCGGAGAAAUGCCGCUGCGAGGGCACGGUGGUCGACUGUUCCAACCUCAAACUGACACGAAUACCGCCACACAUCCCCGAAUACACCACAGACCUGCGGUUAAAUGAUAAUGAUAUUACCAGCUUGGAGGGGAUGGGAACUUUCAAGAAGCUGCCCAACUUAAGGAAGAUAAACCUGAGCAACAACAAACUGAGGGAGAUCCGUGAAGGUGUUUUUGACGGAGCGGGUGGAGUUUUAGAGCUUCUGUUGACAGGAAACAAACUAACGGCGGUGCAUGGACGCAUGUUCAGAGGCCUCAGCGGCCUGAAAACUCUGAUGCUCCGGAGCAACCAGAUCAGCUGCAUUGACAACAGCACCUUCACUGGUCUGAGUUCAGUGCGUCUGCUUUCAUUGUAUGACAACCGGAUUGCCAGCAUUGCCCCAGGAGCCUUCUCAACUUUGCACUCUUUAUCCACCAUUAACCUCCUGUCCAACCCCUAUGUCUGUGAUUGUCACUUGGCCUGGCUGGGUCAGUGGCUGAAGAAGACCAGAGUGGUGAGCGGAAAUCCUCGCUGUCAGAAGCCUCCCUUCCUCAAGGAGAUCCCCAUCCAGGAUGUUGCAACCCCUGAUUUCACAUGUGAUGGGUCUGAGGAUAACAGCUGCCUUCCUUCAUCCGGUUGUCCUGAUGUCUGCACGUGUUCAGACGCCGUGGUGCGCUGCAGCAACAGAGGACUGCGCUCGCUGCCCAAAGGCAUUCCCAAGGACACCACUGAGUUAUACCUGGAGGGUAAUAUGCUGACAUCUGUGCCCAAGGAGCUGGCAGCUCUGAAGCAGCUGUCACUGGUAGACCUGAGCAACAACAGCAUCAGCACGCUGGCUCCAUACACCUUCAGCAACAUGACUCAGCUGGCCACACUCAUCCUGAGCUAUAACCAGAUUCACUGCUUCCCGGUCCAUGCCUUCGAUGGCCUCAAGUCCCUUCGCUUGUUGACUCUCCAUGGUAAUGACUUGUCAACUAUUCCUGAAGGAGCUUUUAACCACCUCACUUCCCUUUCCCACCUAGCACUUGGUGCCAAUCCUUUGUACUGUAACUGUGACUUACGCUGGCUCUCUCAGUGGGUCAAAGCCGGAUUUAAAGAGCCCGGCAUUGCUCGUUGCACUGGACCAGCUGACAUGGCUGACAGACUCCUGCUCACAACACCGCUCAACCGAUUCCAAUGUAAAGGCCCUGUGGAUAUCAACCUCGCCACAAAGUGCGCCCCCUGCUUGGCAGCCCCCUGCCAGAACAACGGAACCUGUGUAUCAGAUGCUGCUGGGUCCUACCGCUGCAACUGUCCAUAUGGAUUUAAGGGUCAAGACUGUGAAAUACCCAUCAAUGCCUGUGUUAGCUUCCCCUGUUUAAAUGGAGGAACCUGCCACAUUCAGCCCGGACACAAAGAAGAGUUCAGCUGUGUGUGUCCAGCCGGGUUUGAGGGUCAGCGCUGUGAGAUGAACCCAGAUGACUGUGAAGACAACGACUGCGAGAACAAUUCCACCUGCGUUGAUGGGGUCAACAACUACACCUGCGUCUGUCCCCCAAACUACACAGGCGACCUGUGUGAUGAGGUUGUUGAUCCCUGCCUAAGUGGGUUUCACUCUUGCCAGCACGACUCUAAGUGCAUACCUGUUGGUCGCAGUUACAGAUGUGAGUGUUUACCAGGCUAUGUGGGCCAGCACUGUGAGCAGGACUUUAAUGACUGUUUGGAGAAUAAAUGUCGGCAUGGAGCGGAGUGUGUGGACGCCGUCAACGGAUAUACCUGCAUCUGCAGGAAGGGUUUCAGCGGGCUGUUUUGUGAGAACCCUCCACCAAUGAUCUUGCUGCAAACCAGUCCCUGCGACCAAUCAGAGUGCCAGAACAGCGCCCAGUGUCUGGUGGUUGCUGGAGAACCUAUUUGCCGCUGCAUUCCUGGCUAUUAUGGGGAUAAAUGCGACAAGGUGUCAACUGUUCACUUCCUGGGUCGUGAUGGCUACGUGGAGCUGCCAGGCACCAAGCUCCGCCCAACUGCUCACAUUUCUUUGCAGAUGGCUACAGAGAGAGACAAUGGCAUUUUGUUGUACAAGGAAGACCAUGACCCCCUGGCUCUGGAGCUUUACCAGGGACACAUACGACUCAUUUACGACUUUGCCAACUACCCACCAACUACUGUGUACAGUGUUGAGUCUGUGAACGACGGCCUUUUCCAUACAGUUGAGCUGUUGAUUCAGAACCAUUCUCUGAGCUUGGUGGUGGAUAAUGGCGCCCCGAAGAGCCUGGGCAAGCUCGCUCGCCAGCCCUCCGUGGACCACAACACUCAGCUUUACAUAGGAGGGGUACCCUCCCAUGUGGUGGCCGCAGGUUUGCGUCCGGGCCCUGAGCGCCCCCCGCAGGCCUUUAACGGCUGCUUUCACAACUUUCGGAUCAACGGGGAAAUUCAAGACCUGAAGUUUGGAUCCACAGGAGAAAAGCAGCCACAGUCACAAGUGGUUGAAGGCAGGGGCGAUGGCAUUCUUGUGGGGUGUCAUUCCUGCAGCGUGUGUGCUCAGGGCGCCUGCAGAGAAGGAGGGGAGACGGGGGUCACUUGUCAGUGCCCUCCAGGACAGAGCGGGGUUCUGUGUGACGAGACCACAGCCCCUGAUCUCUGUCUGAACAGCAGAUGUGUUCAUGGUUCAUGCGUGCUAAAGGGUCAGUCUUACAGUUGUCAGUGCAAUGACGGCUACUGGGGUCAGUUCUGUGAUCAGCGGCAGGAACCUGCAGCCUGUAGGGGGCAGCACUGCGGACAAGGGGAGUGUCACGUGUCAGAGCUAGGAAAGCCGGUCUGCCACUGUCAGCCGGGCUUCACGGGACCGACCUGUGAUACAGAACUCACGUGUCCGGGGAUAAUGGUGCGGGAGCAGCUGAAGCGGCACCAAGCCAUGAGAACCUGCACGACUGUUAACAAGAUCCCACGCAUGGACUGUCCCAGAUAUUGCCAGGCGCCCCCUGGCGUCUGCUGCGGCGUCACCAAGACCAGGCGGAGAAAGGUGGUCUUCCGCUGCACUGACGGCACCUCAUAUUCAGAGGAGAUGGAGACCCCUCUGGAAUGUGGCUGCUCCAAAUGCCCGUUGUAACGGCACAGCACCAUGCCGGGGUUGUUCUGCAACACACACCGCUGCCAAUUUUGUGAGGCUUUUUGAGAAUUUUCCUCGCUGAUGAGCACCAGCACCACGCAGUCAAUCAUCCUGUUCAACCGCCGCCACUUCGUUGUCAAGAGAAGCCGCAAAACGACGGAGCUGGGACAUUUUUGUGUGAUUUUUGACAGAGAGAAAAUAUAUUGUAAGAUAUAAGUGAGAAACAUAGAACUUAUUUUUAUUAUGGAUUUUUUUAAAGAUAAUAAACGGACUGAUAACUUGUUUUUAAUAAAGCUGAUUAUACAAGGUGUUACAUAGUAGAAAACUGUAUUUUCUAUUUUGUAAGAAGGAAAAAGUUCACGCAGCAUUAACAUUCCUUAAAUGCAUAUGAAUAUGUAAGUGUAAAUGUAUAGGUUAUGUACCCUAACCAAAUGAAUUUUAUAUCUUGUGUUCUUCCAUGAUGUAAAUGUGAGUGCUGAAGCUGCAAAUGAGAGCUGGUUCUGCUCUGACGGACAGGUGGCGGUCUUUUAACGGCCUCUGUUGCUUCACUCUAACAGACGUCUUCCUCACACGCCGGUUCACACAAAAGACUCUUUCCACAGAGACGGUUAAACACCUUCUGUUUUGUGCUAGUUUGCUUUUGAACAGCAGACUUGGAGCCUCAUGAAGUGUAAAAUUAAAAAAAAAUCUGGGUUCCCCGUUUACAUCCACAAUGAUAAAAAUGACAUUUUAAAUCCCUGAGAUGGAACUAAAUAGCUUCUAAAA